CACCAUCACUACUAUCAUCAUCAUCGCCACAACCACCAUCACAACCGCGCACAUACGGAUUCGCGCCUGCACCCAUCUAACUGUACAUCACGAGCAGAGCCUCGCAGCCGACGACAAGUGCCUACGGCAGAGCAGAUCGAACAUAGAGAGGAUCGAUAGGGAGCGAGGACCGUCGCUCGUGUUAUGAAAUUACUGCCGAACAUCCAGUUGCCGCAGUUACCGCCGGUCUCAGCGGCCAGCGGCAUGACGGGCAUGGACUCGCGGAUCCCCCCGGGGAUUUCGCUGCCCUUCAGCCCGACCGAUCUUCUUUGGCGGUACGGACCGGCGAUGACCUUCUCGCCCACGGCUCAUCCACCGCCGAGUCCACUACUCGACUUUAAGACCCACCUGCCCACGACCCUCGCCUCGGAUCCGCGGCUUUGGUCCCGAGAGGACGUCGCAGCGUUCCUGCGCUGGGCCGAGCGCGAGUUCGACCUGCCGCAAUUCGACAUGGACAUGUUCCAAAUGAACGGCAAAGCCCUCUGCCUCCUCACCAAGUCCGACCUCGGCGAGCGUUGCCCCGGGGCCGGCGACGUUCUCCACAACGUCCUCGGUAUGCUCGCCCGUGACUUCAAUCAGCUGCAGCGCUGCCUACCGGGCUCGCCGGUCACGCCCACCCGAGCCACGGCCGCAGCCUACCCGCUGAGCCCCCACUCACAUCCGCCAACGCCGACGUGGGUCGACAGCCCCUACGCGGCUAACCUCGCCUCCCUCAUGUCGGCCAAUUCGGUCACCCUCUCGCCGGCGCCCUCGGUCGACAGCCAGGCGGGCUCGCCCGGACACGCGAGCAACGACAACAACCAGGGACAGCUCUACAAGAGCGACUCCGACGAGGACAAUCAGCAGGGGAGCGCGAGCCCGCCUGCCACACCGACGGCCCUCGCCGCCCAAAGGCUCAGCGAGGUCUGCGUGAAGGACCAGCCGAGUCCGACGCUCCCGCCCCAGAUGAUGCCUUUGACGCCCGGAGCGUUCAGGCCCGCGGGACAGCAGGCCAUCGGCAACGCAGCCCGCGAGUUCUUCCCCAGCGACUCACCCGAGCCCAACACAAAUGGCAGACUACUUUGGGACUUUCUGCAGCAGUUGCUCAACGAUCCCUCGCAGCGCUACACACACUACAUCGCGUGGAAGAGCAGGGAAACCGGGGUCUUCAAAAUCGUCGACCCGCCGGGCUUGGCUCGGCUCUGGGGUAUCCAGAAGAAUCAUCUCUCGAUGAACUACGACAAGAUGAGCAGGGCACUUCGUUACUACUACCGCGUCAAUAUACUCAGAAAAGUUCAGGGCGAACGCCAUUGUUACCAAUUUCUGCGCAACCCGACGGAGCUCAAGAACAUCAAGAAUAUAUCUCUGCUGCGCCAGCAGAUGCGAAUAAAGUCCGAGCCCGAGGAGGAGGGCUCGCUCUCGGGGGGCAGCGGCCUGGAACCGGAGAUCGACAUGCCGACGGACCUCUCCAUGUCGAGUAUGAACCCGCCCUCGGGUGAGCAGCAACAGCAGCAGCAGCCACAACAGCAUCACCACCACCACCACCAUCAGCCACCGCCGCCCCAUCCUCAGCCACUCUCUCUCCACGACCCACCGGCCAAGUACAGGAGCCACGCAUAUAGUCUCGUAAAGACCAACCAGGAACAUCCGGAGGAGAGGAAGUGA